AUUGACUUUCUAAGUGUUCAGGUCGUUGUAUUAGCUAAGUCUUUGUAAUUUCAAAGAAAAGUAUUUUGUGUUAAAGUAGUAAAAUCAGAAGAAGUGUUAGAUAAAAACGACCAGCUACGUGACAUUAAUUUUAGCUGCUAGCAUUCAAAUCUCAAAAGCUCCAGUCAUUUAUAAUAGAGCAUCCUGUGACUAACGUUAGUAAACACGGCUGUUUUCUAUGAAUCUGUAGCACACGUGAGAAACACAAGCUGGAAUGAAUGAUUAUUACAUAAUUACAGUUGAUUAUAGUGAUAAAUUGUGCAGCCUUUCCAGUUUAGCCAGUAACAAUAUAGAGUUCAGUUUUAUGUCUCAUAAAUCCUACAUUUAUCUAGAGGAAAUAAUUAUGUGGGUUAAUUUGUUCAAAGAGAAAUAUUAGAUGGAUGUUUUUGACAGCAAAACAUAUAUACAUUGCCUUAGCUGCAAGAAAGUAGUUUGCACGUUUGAAUAAGAACAGAAGGACCAACAAAAAUGUUAUAGAAAAGUUUUAUUGUGACAAAUAAAUAACAACUCGAUUAAUAAAAUAACCAAUUUCUCAUAAACCAUUUUAUUAACAGCAACACUUCUAAAGAAAAAAAGUGACAAAAAUUACUAUAUAUGUGUGUGUGUGUGUGUGUGUGUGUGUGUGUGUAAAUAAACCCUCCUUUGUGGGGUUUGUGACUGUUUGCUCCCUCCAUUAAAAACCGUCAAAUAUCCUGAAUAAAUACAUCUACAGGGCUUAUUAACAAGUGUCACAACUUUAUUUUUAACUUGCCAAAAGAGUGAUACAAAAACAUUUGUUAGUUAGAGAACUGUGAAGCUUGUAAAGUCACAGUUAAAUAUCCAUUUACUGCCCCUUCACCACAAACAAUGUAAGCUUAUUAGUUUGGCAUUUCCUGACAUUUCAGUUUUUUGCUUUAAUUUAUUCAGAGAUAAACACAAAUAAAAGAUACUGUCCAUAAUCCACAGACUGUGCGUGUGCUGUCCUGAGUGGGUAUUAAGAGUAUUAAUUGUACCCUCACAUUGAUAACUACAUGACAGAAAUCCAAGCAUAUCUAAAUAAUAGGGGAUCAUGGUCUGAAAAUCAAUAACCAAUAAGUUAAAAUCCCCAAAUCUGUAUUCUAGGCAGAAACCCACACAUGUGACUAUGCCAGUAAGCCUCUCAGUCUGUCCUGAUGUAGGUUUGAUCAACACAGUAAUCUGAUAAAUUCUGACAUUACCGAUGUGAAUUAUGAUUAUGAGCAUAUUAUCUCUGAUGUAAUAAAUUAUUAUGGAAAAAUAAGCUUUUUUAAAACUGAGUAAAGCUGUUUGUAGCAGACCCAGGUCGCUUUUAACUGUUUGGAAAUCAGCAUGUCAAAGUCUAAUCUGCCAUUAUCUGUAAUCUAAAAUGAAGAACAAAAAAAACUCCAUUGAUGAAGUUAAGUAUUUAGAGCUGUAAUCAUCAGUCAUCUUGCGAGGACUUGUGAAUUUGUUUAGGUUACAAAUUGGUUUUAAGACUUUGAAUUCUAGGAUAUUAUGAUGGAAAAUUUCUUUUUACAGCUUUCUGAUAUUUUAUGGACCAGAUUGUAAUUGCACAGAGAAUAAUAAAUAAAUGGAUAAAGCUGCAGCUUUUGUUAGUGUCGCCUCUGCAGGCCUCCAGCAUGGCGGGCAGACGGGCUCUGAAGGCUGUGCUCAUUGACCUGAGCGGAACUCUACAUAUAGAGGACACAGCAGUGCCAGGGGCGCAGGACGCCCUCAACAGGAUGUAUGCUUGUGUGUUCUGGUGCCAUCAGGUUACGACAGGCAUCUGUAGCUGUCAAGUUUGUGACCAACACAACCAAAGAGAGUAAAAGGAACUUACUGGAACGACUGCAACGCCUCAACUUUGACCUCCAGGAAAAAGAGAUUUUCACAUCUCUGAGUGCAGCGAGGAGCCUUUUGGAGCAGAACCAACACAGACCUCUGCUGCUGGUGGAGGACAGCGCCCUGGAAGACUUCAGUGGUAUCGACACAUCAGAGCCAAACGCUGUCGUCGUUGGACUUGCUCCUGAUCAUUUCAACUACCAAGCGCUCAACAAGGCUUUUAGAAUGAUUCUGGAUGGAGCUCCCCUCAUCGCCAUUCAUAAGGCUCGCUACUACAAACGGAAGGAUGGCUUGGCCCUCGGUCCUGGGCCCUUUGUGACAGGACUGGAGUACGCCACAGACUGUACAGCUACUGUUGUGGGAAAGCCAGAAAAGACAUUUUUUACACAGGCCCUGUCUGAUUUAGGAUGUAGUCCCAGUGAAGCUGUGAUGAUUGGAGAUGAUGCCAGAGAUGAUGUUGGUGGGGCUCAGAACGCAGGAAUGUUGGGUAUUCUGGUCAGAACUGGUAAAUACAGACAAGGUGAUGAAAAUAAAAUAGACCCACCCCCUCAUCUGACAUGUGACAGUUUUCCAGAUGCCAUUGAACACAUCCUGCAGAAUCUGCUAUAAGCUACAAUUAUCAACAACCUGCUACAGUUCCAUCCAUGUAUAGUGAAACCUUGAAUAAAGCAAACUUGUCUUUAUU